AUGUUGAAAUUACGAACUUCCUACUUACCUCAGCUUCUGCGAAAAUACAAUUCUGUAUAUUUCAGGCAAUCUAUAGGGUCAACUAUUUUACAGUAUUCCACAGAUUCCAACCCUAGUAAUCAAUUAACGAAUAGUUUAACUGAGUCUAAUGUAAUGGAAGAUGACAUUAAUAUUCCUUUAUUGAAACAAAAUCGUGAUAAUUCUGAAACUAAUAUCCCUUGGUAUUUACAAGUAACAAAACAGAAAGAGCAACGUGAAGCUGCUUUAAUAUCUAAGCAGCAAGAAAUUAAGUUCCCUGACAAUGCUCCACAAUCGCUUUUCAGGAUAUGUAAUUUUCUUUCUAGAGAGCAAGGUUUAAAGGAUAUAUUAGUAUUUGAUAUGAGAAAUAGUGAUAUGGUAACGAGUAAAAUGGCGGAUUUAAUGGUCAUUGCAACGGCGAAAUCGAUAAAACAUUGUCAAAAUACAUAUGUUGAGCUAAAUAAGCUAAUUAAACAAGAGUUUUCCAAAAUGGCUUAUCUUGAAGGAAAUAUCAACCAAAACGAUGAAAGGAAGAGGAAGAAAAGACUAUUAAGAAAAAAUAAUUUGGGUGGUGUAUGGAAUACAAACAAGAGAAAUGUUAAUACAUUUGAAUCGAACGAGGCAUGGUAUAUGAUUGAUACACGUACAGAUAAUGUUUUUGUAAAUAUUUUAACAGAGCAAAGACGUGCAGAAUUAAAUUUAGAAGAGUUGUAUGCACCAGAACAUGAAAAACAUCUUUGGACGUCUAAACUUACAACAAAAUCUAAGACUGAAGAGCCAGACGAAUUACUAGAAGUAACUGAAGAAAACAAUGUAUUAUCUGGUUUGAGACGUCUAGCCGAACAACGAAGACAUUACUCUACACAUUCACGUCAGUAUUCCACGUCUUCAAAUGUUACCAGCAAAACUAUUAAUGAGGUAACACUUAAACAUUUACAAGAAGCGUUAUAUUCCCAAAGCUUUGAAGAAGCAAAUGAUAUUUUGGAUAGUAGUUUAUACGUUUCUAACAGCGAAACAUUGAGCCCUAUUUUGAAGCAUAUCAAUGAUUCGUUAGUUAAAGUAAGCACCCCAGGGAAGGCUGAUAUUGAUAUGGAAGGUUGGAUAAAUAUAUUCGAUAAAGUAUGGCCCUUAUACAUACCACCUGACAAUAAACAAUUAUGGGAUCUAAGGUUUAAGUUCCUUUCAAUAUUGACUACUAGUCAUCCAAGCGUCAUUGCCAUGAAGAUAUUUAUUGAAGAAUAUUUUAAAUUAAAAAUGUACUCAAAUAUCGACAUAACAAUUUACGAAAUUAAUGAAUUCUUAAAACUGACAAUUGCUAAAGCGAGGAGUUUGCAAUCGAGAAAUGGUAGCGCUAAGAUAUUACAAAAGGAAAACGCUGUUGCUGAUACUUUGUUACAGUUAUUUGUAGGAACUAAGUUAGAGACUCAGAUAAUGCACAAUCCAGAGAUUCUGGAACUUUUGCUUAAAACCAUGGUUAUGAAUAACCGUAGUAGGCUAAAUUCUUUCCAUCGAGUUAUUGAAUAUCUAUCAGCUAUACCCCAAUUACCUCAAAGUACUAUGAUCACUAUAAUCGAUAUACUCUCCCGACAUAAACUAUGGAAUGAAUUGUUUAAAUUUUGGAAAACAAGAUCAGAAAGGAUUCAAUUCGGCAAUGAUAAGAGGCCGUGGGAUCACCUUCUUAAAGUUAUUAUUGAAUCCAAAAACCCUUACAUCAUUGAAAAAUUCAUCACUGAUGGUGGUUUGUUGUGGAUUCUACGAUAUGGUGUUGAUAUUUCAGACGAACGUAAACGGAUUAUCCAAAGUAUGUUCAAAAUAGUGGACCCAGAUAAUAAAAAAUUCAAGUAUCAAAGUGCACAAUUUAAUCUGUAA